AUGUCCAUCUCCACGACCUUUAUACCAACACAUUUCGCUUGGUGGAUGAUCAUCCUUGCUGCCGCUGCGCUGGAAUACUUCGCUCAGCUUAAAUCCGCCCCAAAAAUCGAAAAUGGUGCUUUAGCUAUCGUGCAAGAAAUCACUGAAUCCAUGCUGUCACUCCAGCUCUUGGACUCCCAAUCCAUAAUCCGCCUGCCAAGGAUAUGCGAGGUCAAAUACAAGAAUGGUGCCAAGCUUGAACGCAAAAUGUUCCCCGUCGUGCCUGCUUUUGCAAGAACUGCACACAAGGUGCAGGGCGAUACCAUAACGGAUCCCGUCAUUAUUGACUUUACAAACAUGAACCGACUAGGGCAAGCAUAUGUAGCACUGUCGCGAGUUGUGGAUAUUGAGCAGCUGCACAGACUGCCCAUCGACAUCCAAUUGACACCAAACAUGUUCAAGGCACAUGUACCCACUUAA